AUGUCGCGCGUGCCGAUCAGCGAGGAGCAGGCGCAGCAGAUGAUGCUCGAGCAGCAGGCGCGCGAGGAGCGGGCGGACGCGGCGCGUGAGCAGCGGGACGGACUUCUCCGCGCGUGCGUGUCGGCGGAGGGCCGCGAGCGGUUGGAGCGGUUGGCGCAAGUCCGCCCCGAUCGGGCCCGCGCGGCGGAGGUGCAGUUGUUGCAGGCCGUGCGAGCCGGGCGUCUGCAGCCGCCGGUGGGCGACGACGCCGUGCGGGACAUUCUCGAGCGGCUGGGUUCCCAGGGCGCAGAGGCGAAGAGCAGCAGCAUCACAUUCGCACGUAAGCGCAUGGAUGAUGAUUGGUAG